AUGGUCAAGCGAGAGCUGCCAAAUGCGUUCGAUGCUGGGCCUCGCGCGAAGACUGUGAAGUCUUGUCCAUCGACAGCUGUUUGGGCAGCGAAGACCUAUGAACAAGCCAAGACCUUUGAUGUUGAUGUCGGAGAUCACCCAGUCCAAAUGUUGCUGGACAAGUUCAAAGCGCCACUCUAUGAGCCCAUUCAAACUUGGCUGGAGCAGCUCAUGCCUAACUUUCCGAAUCCGAAAGACUACAAGUUUCCAGCUGACGUGGAGGACAUCGUGGACGUGCCGCUGCUCUGCAUACUUUUCCAACGGCCGCCGGAUGGUUUACCGCUAUAUCAUCUGUGGGUGGCUGUGGCCAAAGAUAUUUGGCACCGUGGAUAUGAGUGUUGGCGUGAAGUGCUGGAGGUGAAGGGGGUCAACUUCAAGCCUGGUAGUCCAAUGCAUUUCCACUCAGUGAUUGCAGUCAAAGGUCUUGGCAGAGUAAGCGUUAUCAUGUGGGGAGUUCUUUGGGCCUACCUGCACAAGGAUGAAAUGGACUGCGAAAUGCAGACUGACUUCAUCAGGUCGCACCACCUUUGGAACCAAAUCCUCACUGUGGAUGAGAAGAAACAAGAGCUGUUCAUCGACCGUGUGCAAUUUAUCCAUUCCGUCGCAACACGCCGUGCCGGCAAAGCUGCAAGUGUCAGGAUGUCUCUCCAGGAGUGGAACAGCGAAUGUGACAAGAUGUGCUUUGCGCAGCAUGUCUUGGGAGAAAUGGCAGCCUGUGUUGACGAUCUCGGUCAACCUCUCUUUCACGACAGUGUGCUGUCAAGUGCACGCAAUCGCGCCAUGGAGGGGGACUACAACGCCGAAGCGGAGAGCUUUCUCAGCACUUUGGACAGCAGCUUCACGAUGGAGCAAACCUCACUCUACACAGAGCAUGCUCCCAAACGAGUGGACCGGACCAAGGAAAGGGUUGACAAAGCUGAUGAAGGCAUCCAAACGCUGACGGCUGAAGCACGAAAGGCACAGUACGAUGCCGACCAGUUGGCGCUUGCACGCGACAUUGCGCAGAUCGGCACUCUAUACCGGGAGGUUGCCAAAACAGAAAGCGCUGCCCGCACGGCUCGAAUUACACACCUCAGAGGACAGAACUGCAUUGGUGCUGCUUUGGUUUCUGAGUUCAUGAACAGCAACAUGUCGGUCCAUGCUGGCACAUGCAGGGAGCAGAUCUCGCUUGCUGAACGGUUCUUGGCUCGAUUCCAUCAGUGCCCCGUGGUGGUAUGGUGUGACCUGAUGAAGUGUGGCCGGUUGACUGGGACCGAAGUUCACGACUUUUGCGAGGUCUUGGCGACAAUCAUCAAGAGGAACCCGGGUAAAACUGCAGCCAUCGUUGUGGCACCUUUCCUGAUUUCUGAGAAGGUUGCUGGCUACAGGGGAGAAUUGAGGCGAUGGGAGGACAAAUUUGAUGCCAAAGGCUUCAAACUUCAGAGCAUAUCGAUCCGGUGCGCUACUCCAACAGGAAAGCGCAAAGUCCCUUUGCAUUUUGAUGGUUGGGUUCUGAUGCUGGAUGGUGUGGAGAACAUCUUUUCCAGCUGCCAAUUGAUCCAAGACAGGUCGAACCGAGGAGAACUCCCAUGGGCGCCGGAGGCAUCUUACAUUGUUCCUGUGGCGUCAAAGGAUGCACUUCCGCACGCCAGUGAAGGUGUCAGGUCCCUCAGUGACGUGCAGGAGGCAGCACAACUCCUGGCUGGAGAAACGAUGCCGGUCAGUUUGUUGUCGGCCCUGUUUGCAAAGAGCCAAAUCAACAGCGACACGUGUGCACUGAUCAACCUGACAACAUAUGACGGGUGGGUGGAAAGAGCCUGCAAGAAAUGGUCAGAAGUGGGGGCUCCUGCCAUGUCUUUCAAAUCCCUGAGCUUGACUAAAACAUUGGCCACCGUGGAGUAUGUGGAAAAGAGUUUGGCUUUGCAGUUGAUGGAGGAGUGGAAGUCGGGCCAGCACAAGACCCUUGGCCCUGUGCGUGCGUACGAACCAAAGCCGCCCGAGCCAGUGGGAAAGGAUGUAGAUCCAGCCAAGUUCCCAUUGCGGUUAGUUAAGCUGGACUAUGACUCAAGUCCUUCUGCAAAAGGAUGGCAAAAAUUUCGAGUGAGCCUUCCACCGGCUGUACGGGCUCGGCAUGUGGAUGACCCAGUGUUUGGAGAAGCGUGGAAAGAUCUUCUUCGGGAUUUUGACGCAAAGUAUGGCGCCCAGUCUCAGGAGGAUGCAAAGGCAGCCCUCGCCCUUGCAGCCAAGAAGGAGGAGGAGGAUUCAAAGGCCAUUGUGGAGCCGUGGACGGGGGAGCCGGAAACCCUCGAUGAGCUCACAGAUCGCUACAUUAUAGAAGCGAAAUUUGUGGGCCGGGCCGUGGGCACGACCCUGGUGAUCGUCCAGGCCAAGGGCCGUGAUGGGAGCUAUCACCAAGCUGUGGAGAACCAACGGUAUAAACUGUUCGUCGCACCAUGGCUGUUGUGUCUAGUACGAAAUGUGUUUCAUUUUGAAGUCAGUCUUUUCAUAGGACCAGGAGUUUUGGACUGA